CAGCAUGUAGGUUGAGUCAGCCACGCGACUCGAGAGGAAAAUUAGUGCGAACAAGUUACCAUCAUAUCAUAUGCCACUUUAACUUCGUAACCGAUUUUGUAUUCGGAUUGAUAUCGUACGAUUUCGAUUUUCUUUCAAACCUGAAUGAAACGGGUUCGUAUAUUUUCGAAAGCAACUGACUUUCCCGAAGUGUAACCCAGGAAGACCGGCACGGGUCGGUCCAACCUGCAAGCCUGUGCUGCAAUGGAUAUUGAUUUGGUCUGAUAACGGUUGGAGGAAGGGUGCCAGGAUGGCAGGAGAGGCAUGUGAAGAGUAGAACGAAGUGUGCACAGAGAGACCUGUUUGAAGGAAAGAUGGUGUUGGAAUUGGAUCAAUUUCGGUCUGACAAGGGAGGUGACCCUGAAAAGAUCAGGGAGAAUCAGAGAAAGAGAUAUGCCAAAGUUGACUUGGUAGAUGCUGUUGUUGUUGAAGAUAAUGAGUGGAGGAAAUUGAGGCACAAGGCUGACAAUCUGAACAAACUGAAGAACUUGUGCAGCAAGGAAAUUGGAGAAAAGAUGAAGAAGAAGGAACCACAUGGUGAUGAAGGCGAACCAGUACCAGAAUCUCUAAUUGCAUCCCUUGAAAAUAUUACUUCUGAGCAGUUGAAAAGUCUCAGUGUGAAUCAGAUCAAGAAAGUGCGACUUAUGAUAGAUUCAGAGAUGGAUCAUAAUACUCAAGCCCUUGCUGUAGCAGAAGCUAGUAGAAAUUCUGCACUUCGUGAAAUUGGAAACAUCCUUGACCCAUCUGUUCCAAUUAGUAAUGAUGAAGAAAAUAAUAGGGUGGAGAAGAAGUGGGGAAAUGUAGAGAUGGAAAAGAAGUACUCCCAUGUAGACCUUAUUCACAUGAUAGAUGGAAUGGAUGGAGAAAGAGGAAGUGUAACUGCAGGUGGCAGGGGCUACUAUCUCUUGGGUCCAGCUGUGUUUCUGGAGCAAGCCAUCGUCCAGUUAGCCCUUCAGUUGUUGCAUACAAAGUCAUACAAACCUAUCUACACUCCAUUUUUCAUGAGGAAGGAGGUCAUGCAGGAAGUAGCCCAGCUCUCACAAUUUGAUGAAGAACUUUACAAGGUCACAGGGAAGAGUUCUGAGAAAGGAGAAGGGGAUGCCAUUGUAGGAUCUGAGGAGAAAUAUCUGAUUGCAACAUCCGAACAGCCAAUUGCUGCAUUCCAUCGAGAUGAAUGGAUCCCAGAGGCAGCUCUUCCAAUCCGAUAUGCAGGGAUAUCUACCUGCUUCCGACAGGAAGUUGGCUCUCAUGGCCGAGACACACGUGGGAUCUUUCGAGUCCAUCAAUUUGAAAAGGUGGAGCAGUUCUGUCUAACAUCACCACAUGAUGGUCUGUCAUGGAAGAUGAUGGAUGAGAUGCUAGGGAAUGCAGAAGAGUUCUGUCAAGCUCUGGAACUUCCGUAUCGGAUUGUGAACAUCGUCUCAGGAGAGCUCAACAAUGCAGCUGCCAAGAAAUGUGACAUAGAAGCCUGGUUCCCUGGAUCUCGAGCAUAUCGGGAACUGGUGUCAUGUAGUAACUGCACUGACUAUCAAGCAAGGAGACUUUUGGUUCGCUUUGGACAAACCAAGAAAAUGGGAGCUCAGACAGAGUAUGUGCACAUGCUGAAUGCCACCAUGUGUGCCACAACUCGAGUUAUCUGUGCUAUCCUUGAGGUUUAUCAGGAAGAAUCUGGGAUUCGAGUGCCCAAUGCCCUCAAACCAUUCAUGCCUCCUGGAUAUCAAGAAAUGAUUCCAUUUGUAAAGCCAGCUUUGAUUGAUGAAGCUGAAACCAAGAAGCAGAAGAAGCAAAAAGAAGGGAUGGCUAAGAAUAAGGAAGAGUGAAUGGCACAAGGGGAACUCAAGGUGAUCCAAGAUUGAUCACAAAUGCAUUGGUGUUGCACAUAAAUGAAGUGCAUGUACCUAUUUAUUCGUCCCCUUUAUUGUCCAAUUAAGAACAUAAGAGGGCAAGAAGAAAUAAAUAUGGG